CGCGUACGUCAUUCGCAGCGAACGUUUCUCUUGCAACCUUUUUGUGCUCCAAGUAACAACGUUUCAACAAUAAUGGCGUCUUCAACCUUUAACCGUUGGUUGAGGCCUGAGGUUUAUCCUUUGUUUGCUGCUGUUGGUGUUGCUGUUGGGAUCUGUGGAAUGCAGUUGGUUCGGAACAUCAGCGGUAAUCCUGAAGUUAGAGUGACCAAGGAAAAAAGAAGCGCUGGUGUGUUGGAGAACUUUGUGGAGGGUGAAAGGUAUGCAGAGCAUGCGGUAAGGAAGUUUGUGCGCAACAAGUCUCCCGAGAUUAUGCCAUCCAUUAACGCGUUCUUUGCAGACCCGAAAUGAAGUUAUUUUGUGAUCCAAAAUCAACUCCUUCAAUAACUUGAUUUGAGAUUCUUUCAAAGAUUUAAAACCUAAUUGUUGCCCGGGAAAUUUUUGAAUAAGAAUAGUAGGAAUUUACUGUGGAUCACCUUAAUGGGUGAGGUAUGAUUUAUAUUUGUUUAGAAAUAUUUUUAAAGGGUUAUAUUAAACCAAAAAAUUUGUGUUGUUGAGUUUGCU